UUGUAAACAAUGAAUCAUCAAUGAAUUUACUAACACUACAUAGUACAUACACGUCAAUUGUCAAUAUAGAUAAUAAGAAGUGUUUACGUAGAUAGAAUAGAAAAUAUUUUCUAUUAAUUUACAAUAAAAACAAUCAUAGCUAUUAUCUUGUCAACAAAAUGAUUCAAAUUUAUGACUCUGAAUCUAAACAAUUGAUCGAAGACAAGAGUUCCAAAUUCUUACCACUUCUCAAGUCAAAAUGGAAUGAUAUUCAUUCAAAAGCGAAUGUAUUUAGAUACAAAAUAUUGAACUUACAAGAGAGGUUAUUGAAUGAAAAGUAUUUAUUACAGUUAAACCCAAGUCGACAAAGCAACAGAAGAUAUCCAGAACAAAUAAAUGAUAUAUGUCAACCAUUUGAUGAAAAGAGGUUUAAUUUUACAAAAGUUUCCAAAGAAGAAAUAAUAUUCACAUUUAAAGAAAUUGAUGAAGGGGACAGCCAUGCCGUACUUGUUAAUGUCAGUCCAAUAUCUAAAUAUCAUUCCCUACUCUGUCCCUCUAUAUACAAAUGUCUGCCACAAGUAAUCACUAAGGAAAGUUUGAAAUUGACCGUAGACUUAAUGCUAUUAACUCAGGAUCGAACUCUAAGAAUUGGAUUCAAUAGUUUGUGUGCUUUCGCAUCAGUGAAUCAUUUACACUACCAUUUGUUUAUUGAGAAGCAACGUCUUUACGUGGAAAAUGCGAAUUGCAAUAAAAUAAAAGGACCACUGUUUAAGUUUGACGAGAGCUACCCAGUACCAGCAUUUUGCUUCGAAGUAUUUCAAGGUUCGGAAAAAGUUGAUGACAUUUUUAUAUUGUUGAAUUACUUGCUACAAAAAUCAAUUGCACAUAACGUUAUGAUGACAAGAGGAGAUCGCAUUGAGGGAAAUCGUGAAGAAGUGGUCAGGGUUCUUGUGUGGCCAAGAAAGAGUAGCAUGGGAGCUAAACAGCCGGUAGCGUUCAAUGUCGCUGUUUGCGAGUUGAGUGGAUGGUUUCCUAUCUAUGAUUCUGAGGACUAUGAAAAUCUUCAAGAAGAAAAUUUAGAAAACGAAUUGAGAAAAUGGAAGAUAGAUAAUUUUGAAGAAUUGUGUGAAGAAUUAAAACUGUUGUAUUAAUUUAGAAUCUAUCUCUUUCUAUUUAUUAAGUAAGAAUAGAUUUAGCGAAGUAUUACACAAAUUAAAUAAUCAUUUUAGGAG